CGAGAAGUGAAACAUUCUUCCUUAGUUGUUAAUUUUUCGAAAUCUGAAGCACAGCCUAGAUUCGAUCCAAUGUCUUAAUUGAACAUGUUAUUAGUCAGACCUCGUGAAAGUGACAAACUGACUCGUUUUCAUUUUCGUCAAAAAUAAGAUUUCGGGGGGGGUGCCUUUGAUUGACGGCGUGCACAUGCGCAAUUAUGCGCGAGACAACCGUUAGACUCGAUGACGUAUUUCUGCGCAUGAGCUUAGCUAGCUACCGUGAUCGGGGAUUUCUAGUGGAGAAGCAGUUUCUGCCCAUCUUCCUACUGUACUGUCUUUGGGCGAAGUGCUUCAUUCUGACGUUUGGCUUUUCCUUUUUGAGAUAGAACCCACCUCUUCCUGUCGGUGUCAGACUAGUAACUUAACCAUAUUUAGUUGGUCAGAGCCCUACAGAGUUGAGCACAGGCAACCGGGAUGAAAAUCUUAGCCAUAUCGACGAAUGCAACCGGGAGUUGACAGCCGAGAAACAGCGAGACUGGCCGCUGUUGGAGAGUGACAUCAGUGGAAACUAGGCGGCACAUCAAAACGGGUGCAAGCUCCCUAUCGACAGCAGACUUUGAGUGAUAAGUAGCUGUCUAUUGUCGGAUGAGAAUUCUAACUAGUAGUCGUAGGUAGCUAGAUGGCUAGCUAGCUAAUUAUCGCCAACUACCAAGCCUUAAACUCGAUACCUUCUGGACGUAAAACUGAACUGAUCAGAUUUUUAUUAAGCAAACUGAUAAUAAACUAAAGAGCCCAGUGAAUCUGCAAUUAUGAUAUCUUGACAUUGUCUGUUAGCUAUGCUUGUCUCAAUCCAUUUGCUAAUCUAGCAGCUAGCUAGUUUAUCGUCGUCGUUGAGGCUCGAGCAAGUAUCGCCGUGGCAGUGAAUUCCGAUUGGAUACCUUGAUCGACUUGCAGACACCGGGACACGGAAGACCCUCAUCCAAAGGGACUGGAAAAGGGGCCCGUUUGACAGUGAGCAGAGAAGAGAAUUCGGGGAAACCCGUAACUACUCUGUUGCAUCGCCUGUGCGGUGUUGUGAACUGCCGAUAAACUAGAUUGAACCAAGGAAGAGUUCCUGACAUUUGACAUCUGUGAUCCGGGGAGUGAACCGGGCAGGGACCUCAUGAAUGGAAAUCGGAACGACAGGAGCCGUUGGAGCCCAGCCCCUGUUCACUGUGCCACGGCGGCCUGGCUAUGGCACCAUGGGAAAGCCCAUCAAGCUGCUGGCCAACUGCUUCCAGGUGGAUAUCCCCAAGAUAGACGUCUACCUCUAUGAGGUGGACAUCAAGCCCGAGAAGUGCCCGCGCCGCGUCAACAGGGAGGUGGUGGACUCCAUGGUGCAGCACUUCAAGGUUACCAUCUUUGGGGAUCGUCGGCCAGUCUACGAUGGGAAGAGGAGCUUGUACACAGCCAACCCGCUGCCUGUGGCAACCGCAGGGGUGGAUCUGGAUGUCACUCUACCGGGUGAAGGGGGCAAGGACCGGCCCUUUAAGGUCUCAAUCAAGUUUGUGUCUCUGGUGAGCUGGCACAUGCUGCACGAGGUGCUAACCGGCCGCAGCGUGCCUGAGCCCCUGGAGCUGGACAAGCCCAUCAGCACCAACCCAGUACACGCUGUGGACGUGGUGCUGCGACACCUGCCCUCCAUGAAGUACACUCCAGUGGGCCGCUCCUUCUUCUCAGCCCCAGAGGGCUACGACCAUCCCCUGGGAGGGGGGAGAGAGGUGUGGUUUGGUUUCCACCAGUCUGUACGCCCCGCCAUGUGGAAGAUGAUGCUCAAUAUUGACGUGUCUGCCACGGCCUUCUACAAAGCCCAGCCAGUGAUCCAGUUCAUGUGUGAGGUCCUGGACAUCCACAACAUAGACGAGCAGCCCCGACCUCUCACAGACUCCCACCGGGUCAAAUUCACCAAAGAAAUCAAAGGUCUGAAGGUGGAGGUCACACACUGUGGCACCAUGCGGAGGAAGUACCGUGUUUGCAAUGUGACCCGUCGGCCCGCCAGCCAUCAAACGUUCCCUCUGCAGCUGGAGAAUGGUCAAACGGUGGAGCGCACGGUGGCCCAGUACUUCAGAGAGAAGUACAGCCUGCAGCUCAAGUAUCCCCACCUGCCCUGCCUCCAGGUGGGGCAGGAGCAGAAGCACACCUACCUGCCCCUGGAGGUGUGUAACAUAGUAGCAGGGCAGCGCUGUAUCAAAAAACUGACAGAUAAUCAGACGUCCACUAUGAUCAAAGCCACGGCUCGCUCUGCACCUGACAGACAGGAGGAGAUCAGCCGGCUGGUGCGCAGUGCCAACUACGAGUCUGACCCCUUUGUGCAGGAGUUUCAGUUCAAGGUGCGCGACGAGAUGGCCCACGUGACGGGGCGCGUGCUGCCUGCCCCCAUGCUGCAAUACGGCGGCAGGGUGAGCACAGAGCACUUUAUGAACCGGACGGUGGCCACCCCAAGUCACGGGGUGUGGGACAUGAGGGGCAAACAGUUCCACACGGGAGUGGAGAUCAAGAUGUGGGCCAUCGCAUGUUUUGCCACACAGAGGCAGUGUCGCGAGGAGAUCCUCAAGGGUUUCACAGACCAGCUGCGUAAGAUCUCCAAGGAUGCUGGGAUGCCCAUCCAGGGCCAGCCGUGUUUCUGUAAAUACGCCCAGGGAGCCGACAGUGUGGAACCCAUGUUCAGGCACCUGAAGAACACCUACUCUGGACUGCAGCUCAUCAUCGUCAUCCUGCCUGGAAAGACUCCAGUCUAUGCUGAGGUGAAGAGGGUGGGAGACACUCUCCUAGGAAUGGCCACUCAGUGUGUCCAGGUGAAGAACGUGGUGAAGACGUCCCCCCAGACCCUCUCCAACCUCUGCCUCAAGAUCAACGUCAAGCUGGGGGGAAUCAACAAUAUCCUGGUGCCCCACCAACGACCCUCAGUAUUCCAGCAGCCUAUCAUCUUCCUGGGGGCGGACGUUACACACCCCCCUGCUGGAGACGGGAAGAAGCCCUCCAUUGCUGCAGUGGUGGGCAGUAUGGACGCCCACCCCAGCAGGUACUGUGCCACAGUCCGGGUCCAGAGGCCCAGACAGGAGGUGAUCCAGGAUCUGGCCUCUAUGGUCCGAGAGCUGCUGAUCCAGUUCUACAAGUCGACCCGCUACAAGCCCACCAGGAUCAUCUUCUACAGGGACGGAGUGUCAGAGGGCCAGUUCAGACAGGUGUUGUACUACGAGCUGCUGGCCAUCCGCGAGGCUUGCAUUGGCUUAGAGAAGGAGUACCAGCCUGGCAUCACCUACAUCGUGGUCCAGAAACGCCACCACACCCGCCUCUUCUGUGCCGACCGCAACGAAAGGGUUGGACGCAGUGGAAACAUUCCUGCGGGCACCACGGUGGACACGGACAUCACGCACCCGUACGAGUUUGACUUUUACCUCUGCAGUCACGCUGGAAUACAGGGGACCAGUCGGCCAUCCCACUACCACGUCCUGUGGGACGACAACUGCUUCACGGCCGAUGAGUUCCAGCUGCUCACCUACCAGCUGUGCCACACCUACGUGCGCUGUACCCGCUCCGUCUCCAUCCCCGCGCCAGCCUACUACGCCCACCUGGUGGCCUUCCGUGCCCGCUACCAUCUGGUGGACAAGGAGCACGACAGUGCGGAGGGCAGCCAUGUCUCUGGUCAGAGUAACGGUCGGGACCCCCAGGCUCUGGCCAAGGCGGUGCAGAUUCACCACGACACGCUGAGGACCAUGUACUUCGCCUGAGCACCACCCCACACCACCAUCACCGCACUUAAAGCACACAUACACACACACAAGCCCCGCCUGCCAGUCAAGGAGGGUUGCAUCCCCCCACAACCAGUCAAUCCGGACCUGACACUGUGUAGAGGGAAGAGGGGGGUGGGGGAAGCCCCCCGCAAUGGACUGAGGAUGCAGACAGACGCUGCUUUAAAACAAGAGAGGAAGAACUUGGCACUAUUAUGCAAUAUUAACCCAGCCAACUGCUUUUCCUGGGCACCCCAACUCCGCCCCCACCCUCCUCCAGUCCCUCCCUCCUUUUCGCCGGUCAUGAAGGAGAUCUGUUUUGAUUCCGGAUGUGUAUGGUCAACGUUGCAGAAAUCGUUCCCUUUCGUCAUCAUGCCUUUUACAUCAGCUCAGUUUUUAACGGCAGCAUUUCCUGCCCUUUUUCGUGGUUAGUUCUGUUUUGACAUUUUCUUUCACCAAAGGUUGAGGAGAGAAGAAGAAAAGGAUCAGGAGUGUGAAGGGUGGAUCUCUAUCGGUGCAGACCCAUCACUGCGCACAAGCUUGACACUGGUAUUUUCCUCUCCUUUCCUCUCCAGCUUUUUUUUAUUUUUAGCCAAUGGUGACUUAUCAAACGUGUGAGUGUGUCAAUGGACACUGUGGUAGGAGACGAACACAAGCUAUUAUUGUGAGCACAGUGCCACCUGGAGUCUAAACGGUGUAAAUGCUCUCUUCAAAAGUCCCAACCUGUCUGGGGAAUAAGCUAUGAUGCUAAUCAUAUGAUUUCCAACUCGUUAUCAUUUGACUUGAACCAAUAAGUGCUGUGCGUAUACGCUGGCACACAUCAUAGAGGGUAAUACAAUGAAAUCACACCCUAGGUCAGUCCCCUAUGACAGGUGUAAUGUGCUGUCACAUCAACUAACUACAUUGCAAUGUGACCCUGUUUUAAAUUUUCUUUCCUGUACAUCGUGUUUUGAUAUUUAAGGUGCUUGUUUUGUUUGUUUUUUACCAUUCUUUCCAGUAUUUAUUAGUACGCUCAAGAUAUAGUAAUUUAAUAUGAGACGAGCGUUUUUAUUUCUGCAUUCUUUCUAUCUCGUUGCUCUUUCGAUCUAUCUGCUCUCUUGGAUUUUAAUUUGUGGUGGAAGAUCCUAAAUUGAAUGACUGAUCAUGUUGCUUUCUCCUAGUGCAAUAAUCUUUUAGCUGAGGGGAAGGAAGCUUCUUCUAGAAGAUACGGUUUGAAUAUCUGGAAGUCUGUAGCAGUGAGUUACGAGAAUGUAGCAGAACCCAGAUCUCCUAUGAGAACUCUGUUCACAAAAUUGGCACUUACCCAUUGCUCCUCUUUAUGAAGGGGAGUAGAGGGGUUCAGAGGUCGAAUGGUUAUGCCAGUGAGUGUGUUAUGGGUUAGAAAUCAAGUGCCUGGUUUUGGAAAUGAACAGUUAAAUGGAAGUUGUAUCGAUGGAUUAUGAUGUGGAGAUCCUAGCCUUUAAAAUGUAUUCAAACAAGGAAGUUAAAGGGCAAAAUUUAGCUGGAGAAAGUUGACUAAGCUACAUUUUGCCUCUUUUUUUUUGACAGACAUUACAUCGCAUUGAAAUCCUCAUGAUAGAAAAUAUAUAUAUUCUGUGUGUGUUAGUUUAUCCUAUUGUCUUUGCCUAAUAGCAGCAGUAUUUUAGCAGAUCAAGUUGUGCUGCACUCUGUCUCUAUCCUCAUCAGACAUGGAUCUAGCUGCUAUAUCUACAUGUACUCAAGGUGACUAAGAAUCGAGGCAUGCCUCAGUCAUGAGCGGGCAGGAGAGCUAAGCCGACAUUUCAUUUUUUUCUUCGCCAUAUAACUGAGCAUCCAAACCAAUAGUAGCUUAGCUGUCUUCUCGAGUCAACAGUUCGACGAAUCUUGGAAGUCCGGGAGACUGAGUGAGUGACUUGUGUGGUCGCUGCUUAGCUCCUCUGUGCUCUCUGACGUGAGGCAUGCCUAGUGUUCAAGAGAGAGACAAUAAUCUGCACUAAAAGAAGUGUGUGUCAGACCGAACACAUGCCUCUGGUGCUAUGGGGGGUGGCCUCCUUGCCGCGCCCCUUUGAGAAUUUGCAGUCUGAGUAGGCCUUUUUGGGGGGGGGUACAAAUGUACUCUAGUAAACCUCCCAAUGAGGUAAACGAGAGGGUCUUAUGUGGGGCACUGUAGGGAUUCUUGUCCUAACUGUUAGUGGAAACAGUUGCCAUUGAGAAUCUCUUGUUUUGACGGUACAAUGAUACAAGGAGACAGUUGUCAAGGCAACGACUGCCCCAAGAGGUGAACAGUAGUGUGGUCCAAUGGUAGAAUCCUGUGUCCCCCUGUAGUUGCAUUUGACAGCCUUCCCAACUCUAGCCUUCCCCUGGCUGGAAGCCAAUGAGUUUGAGCCUUCAUGAUCUUCACUAGUGUCCAAAAAGCCUUUUUAAAAAGCCAGAUUGGAAGAUGUGUAUAUGUACAUUUCACAUUAUUGUAAUGCUCACACCACUUAUUUUUGCUAACAAACAAAAAAAAUCUAACAUAUGUAGUUAUAUAGUUAAUCAUCAUAGUAAUAAUAUCAUUAAAGGUAAACGGUAAUAAAAUAUGUAAGAGUUGAUAAUGCAAUAGACUGUUGUUGACUCGUGUCCUGUGGCAAUGUAUAACAUUAAUUUGUUUAUUUUGGCGUUGCGUACAGUGGCGGUGAAUGUAUUUCGACAUGUAACGUGUGUCUGGAUUGUUAGACUGUUAUGGAUCGGGAUGUGGUGGACUUGUCUCCUCUGAGUUCUAGAAGUAAGAGGUGCUUCUAUUUCUGGCACUCUUGGCAGCUGUUGUCAGAUCUUCCCUGUUGUCAUAGAAUCCAAAUGGAAUCGUUAAGACUUUUUUUAAGAGCAUAAUUGUUCUGAUCCAGAUCGUCUUUCUCAGGCGGGAGUUGACGACUGUAGAGUAGGGGGAGAGCGGGAGAAACCGGAAUGAGAUGGUUACCCCUGGUCAUCAUGAACGUUUAGUACGGAUGUGGCCCGCAGUGUUUGAGGUUGAGCCUUGUGGGUUAUGAGGCCCCUAGAGAGCGAGACUUGGCCCAUAACACUUGCUUUUCUCCACGCACAACCAAGGGCACUUCUUGUGCUCCGGAAUACAAAGCCGAAAGGCCUCCAGUAAGUCUGCAAUGUGACAGUCUAUAAUCUCAUUUGUUUCCCCCACUUUCUCCUGACUUUUGCCUCCCAUUGCCAGAGGACUACAUUCCAUAGCCAAUAGAUCUGCCAUCGGAUUCCCCUGAGAAGUGGAGAAAAAAUGGAAGACUAGAGGACAGAAGACAUUAAGUGUGUGUUGGUUGGUACAGAGUAGGGCAUUGUAGUUCGAUGGGUUUUUGUGCAUGUGGCUGGUUCUGGUGUGUGUAGUGAGUGAGAAGUAGGGCUAAGUGCCAUUUGAGGGAGGUGGCGUGUCUGGAUCGGGACAUUGUUUAGCAAGCGACAAGCAUAGCUCUCAUCCAAGCUGACAUUAUGAUGAACGUCAAGGACGACAGAACAGAUUUUCCUGGGCAAAAGAACACAGGUUUACAUAUAGCAGAUGUGUUCGCCUAACAUCCUUAUAACAUUACAACUCCCUAAAUCGUCGUCGGUAACGUUUUUCAGAUGUUCGUUUUGUUUUCAGCAUUUUUUUUUUUUUUGUGCUUAGUUUAUAGAUAUUUAUGAGCAAGGCCUUUCUAGGUCUAAAACAUCACCCCAGAGUUUCCUAUACUCUAUGGAAAAGUAGCUAUAUGUACAGUAGCUAUGUCUGUGUUCAUUCCAUUUGCCUGUGACGCACAGAUGUACUGGAUUUUGAGUUCUUUCUUUUGGGGGUAGAAGGUAAAUCUAUGGCAGAGUGACGAAGGCCACAGAAAGUGCCUUUCUUAAUGGUGGUGCUGUAAAACAAAAGUCAAAUGGAAAAUCAAAAAGACAUCUAUCUCAUGUUUGAAGAAAAAAACGCCUGCGUUUUAUGCACAGUACACACACACACACACACACACACACACACACACACACACACACACACACACACACCAAGAUUGAUACUGAGGACCCGCAGUCUGUUUGUUAAAGUAUAUGAUUGUGGUUGAGCGUUCACUUGGUGGUGCAUUUUGAGUCUGGACCAAUGGACUCGGUUGUUUGGUACAGUGGAACUUGCAUUGACAAGCGAGGUCACAUUUUAAACCGAUGUGUGUGUGUGUGACACAGCCUUGCCCACGAAUGACAAACAUAGCACAGCACUUUAUAGACUGCCACUCUCACUCAGACAUAAAGCCAAGAGGUUUUCUGUCUCUUCCUCCUCCAAUCCCCGCCUCCCAGAUACAGUGGAGUAUCGAGGACUUGUAUUAUUAUGUGAAUGAGGAGAUUUUCCUCCUCUGGGAAAGGGAAUUGGAUUACGACACCAAACAACGGUUGCUAUCGCUACUAGGUGAUCAUUUUAAAAGCGUGCCUCCAGCUCAUGUGACUUUGCUGAUGAUGACUCUGUUUUGAGUCCGCCUGCAUUUAUAUGGUUUCUCCUUAAGAAUCUGAAACCACCAAUGGUUUUUAAGUGUUCCACUGUAAGGCGUCCAUAUUAGGAAGUCGGCCCAUGGCAUUCUCUCAUCCUAGUGCAAUGCCCUCGCCCUGCCGUGUGUCCGUCUUGUCCUUAAUGGAAGGAUAGUGGGCCCACUUUCAUUGGUGUUUUGGGGAAAGUUCGGGUGUAGAAUAAGACUCCGAGGGUCUGUAUGAGUCAUUUGGGGUACCCGUCAGUCCAGGUGGGGGGGGGGGGUUGAUACCUUUACAAGAGAUUUAAAAUAAAAUAUGCGCCUCACUUACCUUGGUAUGCUGCAUAUGUUAUACCACAUGAGAGGAAAAACUGCAAAUAUUGCUUUGGUUAUUACAGUAUAAUGCUUGAUUAAUACCUGAUUAUGAUAUUCUUGUAACUAUUUUAGACAGACGUAUAACUGUAAGAUUCUUGUUUUAGUUUUUUUGUCUUAACACUUAUCUGAUUUGAGCCGAACUUUUUAUUUUGUUGUCCUAUUUAAAUGUUCUUUUUAAUAUGUAUAUGAAAUGUAUAUUGCAAAAUAUUUUAUGCUGUAUUUAUUGAGUGUAUAAACGAGCGGCCAGCUAGAGUCUCAUUGGCAGCAUGGUGGAGGUGGAGCUAGGGGACGAGGCCUUAAACCACCCCACCCCCCUCCAUGUUGAAGCCUUAUCCUCUCCAGACACGCAAGCACAGCGACGUGGUGGUGGGCGUAAGUGAGGUAUUAAUUAUGUAGCCCCCUGCGUCUAGAUGUUUAGCUUUCUUGUUUGGCUCCUCGUGAAGGGAAGAGGCCUUCUCAUAUGUCCUCUUACUACCUUCUUGUACUCCCUCUUCCCUCUCUCCCCGGUUCUCUCCUCCCAUCUUGGUGAGGCCACCCCCACAUGUUGCGUCUCAUCUCCUUGUAGGGUUAGGGGAACCUUUACUGAACCACAUGGACUGAGCUGACCACUGACAUCCUCAUCCAGAGCUGCUAAUAUGUUAGCCAUAUAAACUCCCCUGGCCUGGUAGAGUACAGGUGGGUGAGAAUAGAGGAGAAGGAGGGAAUGAUGGUGACUGCUCAGGCAGAGGAUGUUAGGUGUGGCUUCUGUCCUUUCACGUUUCCCUUGUGCCAGAGACUUUUACACAGGAAGGAGUGGAGUGUAAAGUCUCAUUCCGCUCAAAUACAAGCCUCCGCCUUAAGUGUGUUCUUACUUCGUUGUUGGGUUUUAUUUACGACUACGGAAUGCCUGAGUUGAGUACAAAAAAAAUGGCCUAACUCCAAAAUGGCAUCCUCAUGUUUCUUUUCAAACCACUAAUAGUGCUACAGUAGUUGUUGAGCCCCAACGUACAAAGUGUAUGUUUCCCCACAUGUGUGGAUGUAAGAACAAGAGCCCGAGGGUUCUGUGUGCUGACUUGUACCUGUAUAAUGAAUCAAGGUGUUGUAAUAAUUCAUUGCUGUUCUGUUUGCCCACGGUGUCUGUUAGUUGUUCCAACCUCACUCUAGGGUCAGAGGUCAGAGGCAUGGAGCUUGGAAGCGGUCGUCAACCCUUUUCAGAACUUUUUUAAUAGGCUUUUCUACCUAAUACCCACAGACAAAUCCUUUUUAGACAUGUUGACUCCAUUUAGCUAUCUGUUUGGUGUGCAAGCAGACGCUGCUUGCUUUCAGUCUAUUCGCAGUCCAUGUUAAGAUUUUGAAGAAACAUUUGCUCGAGAGAUUAUCGGAUGCUGUUUUCCCAACGUUACACUGGUUUGAAGACCGCUCUCGUCAGUGGCCAUGAAUGCUGGACUUUUUAAAGGGUUCCCUAAUAUGUUUCAUCGGUAUCUUGAGGUUAUUUUUGUAUUUGACGUGCGUCAGUUAGGAUUGUGCGCUGUGAUACCAUUUUGAGUCCUGAGGCACCAGCUAAAAUAUAUGGGUGUAUGAUGAUUAGAACAAGGUAGCCACAUGAGUUCCAUGCCUCCAUCUCUCUCCCUUACUACUCUGUAUGUUUCAAACUCUCUGUUGUACCAACAGGUCUUUUUUAUUUCAGUUUUAAAUGUCUUUUGUUUAAUAAUUCUUUCUUUUAGGCCUUCAGUUUUGCUUUGCUACAAUUUGAAGUGUAUCUUUCACUAAUACUUGUAAUAAAAAGCUUUGCUUUAAAA